AUGUGUGGAAGGGUCCAUACAGGAGUGAAGCCAUACAGAUGCAUAGAAUGUGGGAAAUGUUUUGCUUAUACAGGAGGACUUUGGAGACAUCAGAAAAUCCACACUGGAGAGAAACCUUAUCAAUGUCUGGAAUGUGGGAAAAUUUUCCGUAAAGAAGCCACUCUUAGAGACCACAAGAGGAUUCACACAGGGGAGAAACCUUACAAGUGUUGGGAAUGUGGGAAGAGCUUUUCUCAGAAGUCAAGUCUUUGGGUCCAUGAGAAGAUUCAUGCAGGAAUCAAAUCUUACAAAUGCUUUGAGUGUGGAAAAUGUUUCACCCUGAGUGUCUAUCUUCACAAUCAUGAGAAAACACACAGAGGCGAGAAAAAUGAAAAGUGCCUCAAAUGUGGGAAAUGUUUUAUCUUAAAUCAAAUCUGGUGCGACAUCAGAGACUUCACACUGGAGAGAGACCCUAUGAAUGUCCAGAAUGUGAGAAACGAUUUGUGGAUUCUUCUGAACUUCGGAGACACCAGAAGAGGCACCAAGAGGAGAAACCCUAUCAAUGUGGGGAGUGUGGGAAAGGUUUUCUUACACAAAGCGAGGUUCAGAGUCACAAGAGAAUCCACACAGGGGAGAAGCCAUUCAAAUGUGGGGAGUGCGGGAAGUGCUUCUCCCAAAAAACAAAACCUUGGAGUCCAUCAGAAGGUCCACACAGGAAUGAAGCCAUACAGAUGCAUAGAAUGUGGAAAAUCUUUUGCUUAUAAGGGAAACCUUUGGGCCCAUCAGAAAAUUCACACAGGGGAGAAACCAUACCAAUGCAACGAAUGCAGGAGAUUUUAUAGUAGCACAUCAGCCCUUAGAGAUCAUAUAAAAAUUCACACAGGUGAAAAAAAUUACAAAUGUUUAGAGUGUGGGAGAGCAUUUGCUCGGUCAUCUCUCCUCAGAAACCACAGCCGAAUCCAUACAGGAGAGAAGCCCCAUAAAUGCUCAGAGUGUGAUAAAAGCUUUUGUCAAAAAAGGUCUCUUUUGAAGCAUCAGCAAAUCCACACUGGAGAAAAAACAAAUGCCUAG